UGGAAGGGACAUCCCAGUGUCCCUGCAGAAUAUGGAUGAUUAUAUUGAGAAUGUCAAACAUGCUCUCUUGUACACUGGUACGAGGAGGCAAUUUAACGCAUUGAAGAAUGCCUUUGACAGUUUAGUACCAUUGCAUAAACUCAGAAUGUUCCACCCAGAAGAGCUACAAACUCUUUUGUGUGGAGAUGAUAAUGAUAUUAUGCAAUGGACCGUUGACAAUUUGAGAAAAAAUGUGAAACUUGAGGGUUUCACUGUAGAGGAUGAUGACAUCCAAAACCUUUUCAGUGAAUUGUCUGACGCAAGUAAGGAAUCUAGAAGUAAUUUUCUAGAAUUCGUGACAGGGUGUACACGCUUGCCGGUUGGAGGUUUCGAAGACCUCCAACCACCCUUGAGAAUAGUGAGAACAACGGCUGGUUGGCCAUCGGCGCAAACUUGUUACCAUCAGCUCAAUCUACCAUCAGGAAUGACAAAAGAACAAAUAUCAAAAUUCAUGAUAGAAAUUGUACCAGAAGCACUGGGCUUCUUCGGAUUAGCGUAGUCAAGGUAGAACAUGAAGUUGGGGUAAAAGGCGAGAACUUGUUACCAUCAGCUCAAUCUACCCUCAGGAAUGACAAAAGAACAAAUAUCAAAAUUCAUGAUAGAAAUUGUACAAGAAGCACUGAGCUUCUUCGAAUUAGAGUAGUCAGGGUAGAGAUGAAGUUUGGGUGAAAGGCGAGAACUUUUUACCAUAACCUCAAACUACCCUCAGGAAUGACAAAAGAACAAAUAUCAAAAUUCAUGAUGGAAAUUGUACCAGCAGCAUUGGGCUUCUUCGGAUUAGUGUAGUCAAGGUAGAAGAUGAAGUUUGGGCAAAAGGCGAGAACUUUUUACCAUCAGCUCAAAAUUCAUGAUAGAAAUUGUACCUGAGGCAUUGGGCUCCUUCGAAUCAGCGUAGAAAAGCAGAUGAACUGAACAAACCGGCCACAUGCUUCAGCAGUUCAAACCAAGACCGAAUCUUCAGAAAUGUAGGAGACCUGAUUUCAAACCAUUCGAAAAACCUUGUGCUACAUCAUGCUCCUGGACAUUGUGAAAUCAAAUAUGUCCGAAAAAGGUUAUCAAGAUGGAGAAACUGACAAUGAAAACAAAUGCAAAACGCAGGUUAAGGAACCUAUCGUGAUAACCAUUGCCACUGAAAAUGUCAAAACGUCAGCGCCUCAAAGCAUGAAGAAAUAAGUAGACGAAUGUCUAUGUGGACUCAGGGAAUAAAGCUAUUUAUGACCUCAGUGACGAUAAUUCCAAUAAGUGUCCAAUACCUGUUUAUCCAGUUCUUACCUUAUGAUUUUAUGGGAGAUAAUGACCAUAAAGAAUGGACUGGUUCAGUUUCUCCGAAAAACUAAUUUGCCAUAGCGCAAGUUAUUCUUACCAAAACAUGCCAACAAGUUAAACACUGUUCAGAAGGAAGAUGCUGUAAUACCUGCCAAAGAAACACUAAAAGAUUUCCCUCCUCCCAGAAUGAAGGAGAAGAAGAAACAAUGAUAGUGGUCGAUGUAUUAUCCAGAAAUAAACAAUAAUAAUUUAUUUAUUCA